UGAGAAGUUUGUGUAAAAUUCACGGGUUGAAGCGCAGAGAAUUCCUUUAAAAUUAUAUAUUUAAAUUACCACAAUUUUAUCAUGUAUAACCUCAGAAUUCGACAUGCGAAGCAAGUAGUUUUAGUCUGUAAUAAUGGCGAACGAAUUUUGACGGGAGACUCUAUGAAAAAGCUGGCUAUUGUCGAAGGAACAAAGGACAGAGGUGUGUCUGUUGUUGUCGAUAGCGCGGGAAAAAUCGAAUGUAUUGAUUUUGACGAGAAGGUAGAUCGAGACUAUAGCAAUCAUACGUUCACCGAGGAAAUAGAUGCUUCUGGAAUGUGUGUCUUGCCCGGUAAGUUGAGCUCGUUUAGGUUAAUUAGUUUUGGACAUAACAACGAGCGCAGGUAAAAAGCUGGUCGCGAGAGGGGAGAGUGUGGGGAGAGGUGUUCAACCUUUAGUUUUGCGUCUAAAGCUUAACCAUUCAUAUACGUAACGUUUACAGAAUCAAUUAGGUGGUAUGUGCGAGUGCUGAUAUGCUAAGUACAUGUUGGUGCGUGUGCAUUCCUGAGUGCUUGUGCAAAGGUGCUAAUUACAUUUGUUGGGUACCUGCACAAAUUUGUCCCCAACAAGCAAGGGGAUAAAUUUUGACCACCCGUGCGUCAUUUUCCUGCGCAGAAUUUUAAAGGGAAGCAUACAAAAUAAGAGCUUCCAUGCAAGAUAUUAAAAAUAAUUGAAAUGUUCAUAGAAAUCUGUGAUAGGAAACAAUUGUGGGACUUUCUGAACCAAAAGCGUUUUCAAUUAGGGGUAUGCAGUAGAUUUACCAUGUAUGGCUGUGGACUGACCCUCGCCAUAAUUGGAAAAAAAUUCCUUAUUAGGGGUGACACACCAGUCAUAUUUGUGCACAUGUGCAAACCCUAUAAUGGCGAGUUGUCUCCUUUCAAGUUGUCAGAACUGACAUUUUAUCACUUGUCAGAACCAAUUUGUCUAACUGGGAAGUCAUACAUGGCAUACUGGCUAGUGUUGCUGUUUACAACUCCUACUAGACAACUUGGUUCUGACAAGUGAUAAAAUGCCAGUUCUGACAACUUGAAAGGAGACAACUUGCCAUUAUAGGGUUUGCACAUGUGCACAAAUAUGACUGGUGUGUCACCCCUAAUGGGGAAUUUUUCCAAUUAUGGCAAGGGUCAGUCCACAGCCAUACAUUAGGAUUCAUUUCUCAACUUUGUUGCCUUUAUUUUAGGCCUUAUUGAUGGUCACACUCAUCCGGUAUGGGUAGGUGACAGAGUGCAUGAAUUUGCCAUGAAGGUAAGUCUGCCAAUCAGAAUGCUUAUUCACCAUUCUUUAUGCAUUUUCUAUGGUAAGGAAAAGGGGAAUCAAUUAACACUCUAAAGCUUUCUAACCCUUUAACUGCUAUGAGUGACCAAGACAGAAUUUCUCCAUACAACAUCAAAACAAUAUCAAUCAGACAGGUGAUAAGAGUUAAGAAAAAUAUAAGUUUGAGGAUUUUCUAGUUGAUCCAGUACCAAAUUCUCAGAACUAGCAUCAUAAGAAUUACAUGGCAGACAGAAAGGAGUACUACUAAUGAUAUCUUGGGUGUUCAAGGGUUAAGUUGGUAAUCAUUUCCAUCAUUGCCAUAACCUUAAGGUUGGUUUCGUAAUUGAUAAGAGAGUUAAUCAUUACUUCAGAGUUCAAAAGGUAAUAUGAUUUAAAUUUUCAAAACAGGGGUGUGGUAUUUAUCUCUCUUUUUGAACUAAUUAACCUCUGAUGCUCAUGUCAUACUUGUCAAUAACAAUCUUUUUUCAUUCAUAGCUGGCUGGAGCUACAUACAUGGACGUACACAAGACUGGAGGAGGAAUAGGUUUCACUGUGGAGCAUGUGCGCAGGGCUAGUAAUGAAGAACUAUACACAUCACUUAGAGAACGACUUCUGAGAAUGUUAAGAUCAGGUACAACUUUGGUUGAAGCCAAGAGUGGCUAUGGUUUGGAUGUAGACUCAGAGAUGAAGAUGCUACAAGUUUUAGAAAAAGCUAAAAAAGAGCUGCCUAUUGAGAUAUCCAGCACAUUUUGUGGAGCACACUCUGUACCAAAGUGGGUAAAGUUCAUAAGAAAAUUUACUAUUUGCAAGGUUGAAGAAUAUAGAAUAAGUUGUGUGUAGUGCUGUACAUUUCUUUCUAUCACCUUUUUUUUGCCUGUGAUACAUUCUAACUGAAAAUAUAUGAAAAUCAUAUUUAAGAGUUGUGGAUUUAGAAAUGAAUAUGAAAGUGAUCUUCUCAGGAAUAAAAUAUCCUGCAGAGGCCUUAAAAGAAUUCAGGCCUGUGUGGGACUUGAACUUGUUAGCUCAGUUGGUAGAGCACUGCACCGGUAUCAAAGAGAUCAUGGGUUUGAAUCCCAUAUAGGCCUGAACAAUCUUUUUUUAGGCUUUAUUUUCACUGCUGCUUAAGUAGUGUUUAUUUCUGCAAAGAUCACUUUCAUGUUCAUUUGAGUUACCUUCUGUUACUGAUCAGGCAGGGAAAAACAGGAUUUAUUUUCCAAUUAAAGAUACUGCUGAUUUUUCUAACCCUAGAGGAAGUACAUUGGAAGAGGCAACUGAUAAUGUGAUCAAUCACCAGAUACCUAAGCUUCAAGAACUGAUGAAAAACAAAGAAAUAGUUGUUGACAACAUAGAUGUAUUCUGUGAGAAAGGUGUGUUUGGUAUAGAAGAAACCAAAAGAAUACUCGAAGCAGGAAAAGCUGCAGGACUGGCAGUCAAUUUUCAUGGUGAUGAACUACAUCCAAUGAAAGCUGCUGAGGUACACAAACUAAAUGAUGGCAUGUAAUUUUUAGCUCCUUUUGUUUACUACUUUUUUUCUAAAAAGUAAAACAUUUUAUAGAUUAACACAAGUGAACAAUAUUUUGAUAUGAAGAUGUGUGCGCCAUUUCUUUGCUUUUCUGAAGCAUCUUAGCAGGCAGGAAUCUUAAAUUCUUGAAUCUCAUUGGUUAAUGACAUGCUCACACCCAGCUUUUUGUAAAGUAGACAACGGUCAGGAAUUUUUCCAUGUCAUUCAUGGCAGUGUGGAAGAGAGAAAACUGGAAGGAAAAAAAACAAACAAGUUGUUUACCAGUCUUAAGGUCGGUCCCUCCUGAGAAAACUGUGCCCUUGGUCUUGAGUACUCAGUACCUGGCACACAAUUUUUUUUUUUUUUUUCUUACAUACGGACCACCCACCUGGUGUAUAAGUUAUGUGUUUUUCUUAGAUCAUCAUUCUCCCCAUCAGCUAGGGGCUGAACUCAAGGCUAGAGCAAUAAGCCAUCUUGAAGAAGUAAGUGACGAGGGAAUUCAAGCCAUGUCUGCAGAAUCAGUUAUUGCUGUGCUCCUUCCUACCACUGCAUACAUCUUGCGACUUAAAUGUCCUCCAGCCAGAAAGAUGAUUGAAUCAGGUACAUACAUUAAAUACAAGUGACUGUCUUAUUUCCCUCAAAGAUAUGAUCAGUGGUGCAGGAUAUCAAUGAUUUAAUGAUCCUAAAAGCAACAGUUCAAAUGAUCAUGUACUCUGAUCAUCAUAGUAGGAGAAGUCUUGAGAAGGGCUAUUGUUUGAAGCAUUGACUGGAGUUUUCACAUCCUGGAUGGAAAUCACCAUGAGAUUAUGAAGAAUUCAUUGCUUUCAGUUGACCUGCCAUCAGACAUACAACUGGAACAAUGACUUCUGUGCAGGUUGUAGAUUGUCAGUCACUACAACAAACAACAGGUGAUCAGACUAAAUUAUCAGACAAGCACCUUCUAUUCAUAUCUACAGUACUGUUUUACAACAUACAGGUGUACUGUUCCAAUUUGGUUGGAAAAUAGCAAAUCCAAGAGCAGUGUUGAUUGUUAAAAGUUUUCAUUGAGAAAUGUGGUCACAUGAAAACAGUGUAAAGAGUGAAAAUGGCUCCACCAUCAAAAACUAAGCAGAGAAUUCUGCUUUACAAAGAGUCCUCUUCUUUAUAAUGAACAGGGUAAUUUAGUAAUAUCACCCACCUGAGUUGAUAACAUGAAUUGGCCACUAUAAAGAGUUUCAAAGCUGACGUUUUGAGUGUCAGCCUUUCCUCAGAGUGACAAAAGGUUAAUGCUUGAAACAUCAUCUUUUAAACUCUUUAUGGUGGUCAAUUUAAUCAACUCAGUUGAUAAUACUUAAUUACUCUGUUGAUUACUCUCCCACUGAGGCAGAACCACAGUUUAUCCCCUUUAUAUAAUAAGCACCAUUGUUGUUUCUCAAACAGGUGUACCAGUAGCUCUUGGAUCUGAUUUUAACCCCAAUGCCUUCUGCCUAUCUAUGGUAAAGUGCUGUUUGUGGUAGCACAUUAUUUUUUUUAUUUUGAAAGAAUUCUUGUCUGAAUAUAUUAAUUAUUAUAACACCUAAAUUGUAUGGGAUAUCAUAUAAAUUUUGUUUCAACAUAAUAAUUGUAAAUAAUGUUAACUUGAGACUUGCAUUGAGGAAGGGUAAAGGUCAAUUAACUGGAUGCCACUAACAACUUAUCUUGCAGUUAUCAAGUCACACUUUGUUUUAAAAUCAUAAUAUUAUACUGAUGAUAAAUGUUUUGAAGUAAUUCCCCCUUCCUGAGCAUACAGCCUUUGGCCUAGUUUUUAUGUGCAAGGCAUAGGAAAAAAAAAAAGAUUGAUUCAAACCAAAAAAGUUUUAGCAGGUGUUGGGUGCUAUUUUUAAGAUGUCAUGUACAAUGAAGUACAGUGUUAAUGAAGACUUGUGGUGUAAAGUUAGUCUAAUGAGCCCACUUUUCGUGCCAUAGAAGUGUUUCUCUGAAGGCCAGAGAUGUGUUGACAUACAGGCUUUUUGAUUGAUCUCUGAACAGCCUUUAACAAUGCACCUUGCUUGCGUUAAUCUGGGCAUGACGAUGGAAGAAGCUCUGGCAGCAGCCACCAUUAAUGCAGCAGCGUCUCUGGGUAGGUCACACACUCAUGGAUCACUGGAACCUGGAAAAGUUGCUGACAUGUUGAUUAUUGAUGCUCCAAGGUAAAAAAAAAAACGUUGAUGAUGCUGUUGCAUAUAUAUUUGGCACCUAUGAAAAGGUUCAACUCAUAACAUCUAGAAUUUAGAGUGAUUUUUAAUAGGUGAUGAUUGAGAAAUGAGUGUUAUGAUUGGGUAUAUCAUACAAUUACUUUGUAUUGUAGUUAUCCCUAACAUGUGGUUCAUAAUGCUGAUUGAUUUACUGUAAUUUAUGAUUGAGCACCAGGCAAUUUUUUUUAUAUUCCUGAGGAAGGCAAUGAAAAAAGAAAAUGGAGUUGUACACACAGAUAAUUACUCCUUAGGCUAAGAAAGUAUUGUUGAAGAAUUCAUGCAACUUCAUGUUGAGAUAAUUAGCGAGUAUUAAGUUUGCCUCUGGCAAAUAGUUGUAAAAUUUGAUAAACACAUGUAUCUCUCUCUCUCUCUCUCUCUCUCAGUAAAUCAUCAAUUUGUUUGAAUGUUUGAAUGUUUCAGGUGGGAGCAUCUUGUUUAUCAAUUAGGAGGCCAUGAUGAUGUCAUCAAGUUUGUAAUUAAGAAUGGAAAAAUUGUACAUAGCAGAUCUUAUUAGAAUAUUUGCGCAAAGAGUGACCCUCUUCCUCGCUGCCACGAGACCUUCCACAUAAAAAAUAAAUUAAUGUAGAUUUUCAGUAGUCAAAGAGAGGAGUUGAGUUCAUAACGGGUGAAAGACGUAGUAAUAACAGACAAUUGUAACUGAUGAUUGUUACAUUAGGAAUAUAUUUUCAUCCUAUGAAUGAAGAUCUUCACUACUUUACUUUUGUAUUUGAGACAUUUAACAAAGGGGUCUCAACAUCCAUUGAGAAGUCACUGCAUAGGUAGCAUCCAAAGGCCAAACCAGAAAUUGAUGAAACUGAGGUAUAGAUGGGGCAUGAAAUGAGCCGUAGAUCUGAAGACUUUGCUAUUUUUAACCUCAUAAUUGCUUGACUUUUUACCGAAAGAGAAUAUUUGUAGAGUUGUUAUUCCCAAUAAUGUAAUAAUGGCUGUUCAGAGGUUUAGUCUUUGAGCCUUGAAAACAUCAAGUUUGCUCGCUGACAUGCUAUUAGUUAUCUUUUCAGAGUAAACCUGCAGAAACCCUUUUUAAUAACGAUCCAUACAAUUUUUCAUUAUGAUCCAUCCAAAUACCAAUGUCUUUUGGUCAGAGACUAUAAGCGCAUCUAGAAACCUUAGCUACUUGUUAUAAAGAGAAUAGCGACUUUUAGCAAACCACGACGGCGACGGCAACGAGGACGUGGCAAAACAAAAGAUCUAAUGAGCAGAACAAUAGCCCAGCACGUGCGUUGUAAAACUGUGUACAUUUCUUAGCCGUCCUCUGCAAAUAACAACUUGAAAUCAUCAAAAUUUGCGUGGUCUUAAAAAGGGAACCCGAGGGAAAAUUAUUUAAGUUUCCAUUUAGUACUCCACGUCGCUCUUAUACGUUAUGGUGAGAUUAAUUUUUGGCGCAAUAAGAGAUGAUAAGCACAUCCAGUAGUUCGCGAGAUUCCAAGUAAAAAAUAUAUAUUCAUUUUUAAAUCGACGUCUUCCAUGGCGUGGCCUUCCUAACUGCUAAAUAGAGAAUAAUACAUGGGCGCGCGUAAAUAAGGAUUUUCUCUUCGAGUGUUUUACUCGAUAGCUCAUCACGAGUGAGAGCGGUGAACGAGUGAGAUGUCGAGUUAAGAACGAGAAGAAAAAUUCCAUCAUUUUGUUUAUCUUCUAAACACAAUAGCUCUUCAUUGACAAGAAAGGGCGACUUUAUUAAUAAAUGAAAAUAAAGGAAUCGACA